AUGGACGGGGAUGACCUCAUCGCCUCGGUUUACCGCAAGAUCGAGCGGGAGAAGGCCUUGAUCACUGCGGCUUCUAAUAUGCGACAGUCGACCGAUAACCCUCUGGUGCAACAACGAGUCGACGCAAACAUUCGCGAUGGUCGGAAGAACAUUGCCUACUUGGAGGAGAAGAUGAGGGAGUUGCAGAUUCGCCGCAUCGACGGUGGCUCCCCUACGGAAAAGCGUCUCCCGCCCGGUCCUGAUUCAGGUCCGGCUCCCCCUCCCAAGGACUACGACGAGCAGGACGAGUAUGGAGAGUCGGCCUAUCCGCACGAAGGAGCCGGCACCAUGCCGGCGGGCGCUCCCUUCAAAGACCCCCGACCCUUCGCCCCCGUGCCCAAGGCCCGUCCUAAUUAUACGAAACUUGAUCUGAUCAAAUACGACACUCAAUACCUUGGACCCAAGAUCCAGCUCAUGUUGUCCCAGCUUGAAUUCAAGCUGAGCGUGGAGAAGCAAUACAAGGCUGGUAUUGAGAAAAUGGUUCGCCUCUAUCAGGAUGAGGGCGACAGGAAGAGCCGCGCCGACGCCGAGGGUCGGCGAAUUGAGAGUAAUCAGAAGAUCCAAUUAUUGAAGCAGGCCCUGAAGCGAUAUGAGGAUCUUCACGUCGACAUCGAGUCCUCAGAUACUCCAGAUGAUGAAAGUUUAAGCACGCCGAACUUGCGCAAGCCCCUCACCGGUUCCUUGACCAUGCGAAUCGUUGCCGUGAAGGAUGUGGACCAUGCCGCUGGCUCUAGAUUCUCUCGAGGCCCCGAGACAUUCGUGGUCAUGAAGGUCGAAGAUGCCAUCAAAGCCAGAACGAAAGCUACUCGAACCGACAGAUGGCAAGAUGAGAUUUUCAAUAUUGAUAUCGACAAGGCCAAUGAGAUCGAGCUUACUGUAUAUGACAAGUCGGGCGAUAGGCCAACUCCGAUCGGUAUGCUGUGGGUGCGCAUUUCUGAUAUCGCCGAGGAGAUGCGUCGCAAGAAAAUCGAGACCGAAUUUAAUACAUCCGGCUGGGUUUCUGCCGAUAAAAUGGAGGACGGGAGCACGCCUGGGCGGCCCGAUACGGCCGGGCAGAUGGGCUCGCCUCAUGCUCCAGGCCCUGGUGCCCCGGGUCAAGGUUACGGAGGUGCUCCUCCCGGCGCACCUGGCGGUGGCUCUGUGAUGGUCGAUGCUUGGUUUGCGCUGGAACCUGUUGGGCGGAUUCAGCUGUCGCUGAGUUUCGCCAAGCAGUUGAAGGAUCGCCGGCCAUUCGAUAUUGGCCUGAAUCGUCAAGGUGCGGUUCGUCAGAAGAAGGAAGAGGUGCACGAAAAGCAAGGACACAAGUUUGUCACGCAGCAGUUCUACAACAUCAUGCGCUGUGCGCUUUGUGGCGACUUUUUGAAGUACGCUGCCGGUAUGCAGUGUGCUGAUUGCAAGUACACUUGUCACAAGAAAUGUUACCCCAAGGUUGUCACCAAGUGUAUCAGCAAGGCCAACUACGAGACGGACCCCGACGAGGAGAAAAUCAACCACCGCAUCCCACAUCGUUUCGAGGGCUUUGCCAACAUCUCCGCCAACUGGUGUUGUCACUGCGGGUACUUGCUGCCCUUUGGGCGCAAAAGCGCCAAACGAUGCUCAGAAUGUGGCCUUACGUGCCAUGCCAAUUGUACCCAUCUCGUACCUGACUUCUGUGGCAUGUCUAUGGAAGCAGCCAACCAGAUUCUGGAAACCCUGAUUCGGGCCAAGAAUCACAACAAAUCCGCCUCUGUUAGUUCCGGUCUUAGUGGCCGUACCCUUCGAUCGGGAGGCCCGCCGCAGGCCUCGAUGGACAAUGCCGCUCUUGCCUACCCACAGAAACCUGUCGAGAGCCCUUACGGGGCCCCUCAGAGACAGCCCUCCGCCGAAGCUGUUAGCGCUGCCACUAACUCUUAUAUACCCCCGCAGUCACCAACUGCCGCCCAGCGUCAACAGAUGCCCCCGAGAACCUCGUCUUCCAACAGCCCUGCUGCCGCCGCCGCCGCCGUGGCAAGCGGUCUCCGUUCGCCCCAGCAGUCACCAGGUAUGUUCACCCAUAAUGCCCUUGUCGCAGCAAAGACAAAGUUGACGUUUGAUUUUCAAGUUGAUGCUCGUCCUGUGCAACCUCAACCGCCUCCGCAUGCCCAUUAUGACCCUGCGGCGUACGCUUCUUACCAGCAGGGUAUGCCGCCGCCUCAAGUGAUGCAGCAGCAGCAGCAGCAGCAACAGGUGGUUACCUCACCUUAUGGCAUGCCCCAACAGCAGCAGCCUAUUCCAGCAAUGCAACAGCAGCAGAUGGCUGUGAAGGAAGACAUUCAGCCUCAAGUACCAAAAACCAGAAUUGGACUGGACCACUUCAAUUUCUUGGCUGUUUUGGGUAAGGGUAAUUUCGGAAAGGUCAUGCUGGCGGAAACCAAGAGUACCAAGAAGCUUUAUGCCAUCAAGGUGUUGAAGAAGGAAUUCAUCAUUGAGAAUGACGAAGUGGAAAGCACCAAGUCGGAGAAGCGCGUCUUUUUGAUCGCUAACAAGGAGCGCCAUCCUUUCCUUCUCAACCUUCAUGCUUGUUUCCAGACCGAGACUCGUGUUUAUUUCGUCAUGGAGUACAUUAGUGGUGGUGAUCUGAUGCUGCACAUUCAGCGUGGCCAGUUCGGCCUGAAACGGGCACAGUUCUACGCUGCCGAAGUUUUGCUGGCACUCAAAUACUUCCACGAAAACGGUGUCAUUUACCGUGACUUGAAGCUUGAUAACAUUCUGAUGACCCUGGAUGGUCAUAUCAGAAUCGCUGAUUAUGGUCUUUGCAAGGAGAAUAUGUGGUAUGGGGCAACCACAAGCACAUUCUGUGGUACCCCUGAGUUCAUGGCACCUGAGAUUCUCUUGGACAAGAAAUAUGGCCGAGCGGUGGAUUGGUGGGCUUUCGGUGUGCUCAUCUACCAGAUGCUUCUCCAACAAUCGCCCUUCCGCGGUGAAGACGAGGACGAAAUUUACGAUGCCAUUCUGGCAGAUGAACCGCUAUAUCCCAUUCACAUGCCUCGGGACUCGGUGUCUAUUCUUCAGAAGCUGCUCACCCGCGAGCCAGAGCUGCGACUUGGUUCGGGACCAACGGAUGCCCAGGAGGUCAUGUCCCAUGCCUUCUUCCGGAACAUCAACUGGGAUGAUAUCUAUCACAAGCGUGUCCCCCCGCCGUUCAUGCCGACCAUCUCCAGUCCGACCGAUACCAGCAACUUCGAUCAGGAAUUCACCAGUGUUACACCGGUUCUUACCCCGGUGCAGUCAGUCCUCUCUCAAGCCAUGCAGGAAGAGUUCCGUGGCUUUUCGUACACUGCGGACUUCGCUUGA